AUGGCGGAAAAGUGCGUGCACCAGGGCUGUGGCAAGCUCUUCACCGACGCCACCGAGGAGUGCAACUACCAUCCCGGGCCUCCCAUCUUCCACGAAGGACAGAAGGGAUGGAAGUGCUGCAAGCCCCGCGUCCUCACCUUUGACGAGUUCAUGACCAUUCCGCCGUGCACCGUCGGCACGCACUCGACGACCGACAAGCCGCCCGAGGUGGAGGAGAAGCCCAAGGAGGACGACGCCGCGCUCGCCAAGAAGAUCGCCGAGCUGACCGCCUCCGCGCCGCGCCGCACGCCGAUCCCCACCGCGCAGGCCGCGUCCACGCCGCCGCCGCCACCGCCCGAGUCCGACGACGACGACCCGAGCCUCGAGAUCCCGGACGGCGCGACGUGCCGCCGGCGCACCUGCGGGAAGACACACACGAAGGGCGCCGCGCGGGAGGGCGAGUCCUGCGUGCACCACCCGGGCGUGCCCAUCUUCCACGAGGGCAGCAAGGGCUACAGCUGCUGCAAGCGGCGCGUGCUCGAGUUUGACCAGUUCAUGAAGAUUGAGGGCUGCGUGAGCAAGGACCGCCACCUGUUUGUCGGCAGCGGCAAGAAGAGCCGGGGCGGCGACGGCAGCGGCGGCGACGAGGAGGAGGAGAAGCUAGAGACGGUUAGACACGACUUUUAUCAGACCCCUUUGAGCGUGAUCGCGUCCUUCUUCCUGAAAAAGAUCAACAAGGAGACGGCCAAGGUCGAGUUCCGGGAGCGCGCGAUCGCGCUGGACCUGGUCACCACGGACGCGCCGCGGCCGAAGCGGUACGCGGCCGAGGUGCCGCUGUACGGCGCCAUCGACGCGGCCAAGUCGACGCACAAGGUCCUGGGCACCAAGCUCGAGGUGACGCUCGCCAAGGCGGACGGCGCGUCGUGGCCGGUGCUGCGCGCCGACGAGGCGCUGACCGGUGAAAUUCUGCAGAUUGGCCAGGCGGGCAGGGCGUGA